GAGAGAGAGAGAGAAAGAGAGAGAUGGAGAGAGAGUGUUCGUGUUUGUGUGUGUGGGGGUGAUGAUCGUGCCUAGGAUGGAGGACAUCAUCAUGAUCAUCGACCUCCAUCAUCUUCUGAUCCCUCUCCCUCUCUCUCUCUCUCUAUAUCUGUGAGAGCCGAAGCAUCUGAUAAAUUCCCUAUCUCUCUCUCUCUCUCUUUUACUAGGUUGAGCUUUCCAUGGCGUACCGGCGCCAUACCAUGUUUGCUCGUUGACAGUACGGCAAAGCAGUUCCCACUUCUUCCUUUUUCCUCUCUCCUGACCAUCAUCACCAGAUCAUCAUCACCAUCUUAAACCCCUCAAUAAUUCCCACUCCUCGUUUAACUGGAAUCAAAAGCUCGGCACAUCCCACCUGAUCGAAUCGCCAAAGGACUUGUUUUUUUCCAUACUUUCUCGAUCUUUCACCUCUUUGAAAGAUCUGGGUCUCUCUCUCUCUGUCUUUCUCUCCCUCUCGUUGGUAUUAUUGGGAAGUUUCUUGCUCUUCCCAUUUUCCCCACCCCGCCUUUCCUGAAGAGAUCAAAAGUUGCAGCAGAAAGGACAAACCUUUUGCUAUCAGAAACUCCAGAAACAGAAGGCAACUCUUGCUGAUGCACUAGCCCCGGAAAAAGAAGCAGGAGAAAAAAAAAGGGAGAAAGAGAAAGAGAGGGAAAGAGAGAAAACAACAUUUUUCGGGCCAUCUCUAUAUGCCCAUGCGCAGUGAAGAGAAAUCGAGCGACAUGGUGGUCUCGUCCUCAAGCACCGGUGGGUUUUGCUACUCGGACUUGUCUUCUUCCCACAACCCGGCGAUCCAGGCUCAGCCCCAUCUGGUGAGUCAAAUCCCGAGUUACGACUCCGGCUCGGAGAUCUUCAACUUGGCCUCCGGCAUGGACAUGAUCGGCUUCCCCAAGGACGGUCUGCCGAGUCACCCUCCCCAGAACCACGUCGCGGCAACGAGCGCACUCUUGUGGAAAGGCAAUGACUUCUUCGCCAAAACUGUGAGCCCCAACAACAAUAACCAAAGUGGACCUUCGUCAUCGAAAACGGUGGCAGCGGCGGGGCUCGAUGACUCGGCGGCCAGCGAGUUCUACCGGCACGAAUUCAACAAGACCGAUUUCGUGCCGGCCAAUCAGAAUCUGAUGACAGCAGCAGCGACGACUUCGCAAGACGAGUCCACCUGGCAAGAGAGCAACAAGCUCGUGGUGGACGAUUCCUCCAUAAGGUGCGUGUUUCCGUGCGAAGGGAACGAGAGGCCGAGCCAAGGCCUUUCGCUCUCGCUCUCCUCGGCCAACCCUUCAAGCAUCGGACUCCAAUCCUUCGAACUAAGGCACACCAACACUAGUGGUGGUGGUGGUGGCCAUCACAGUGAUCAUCAUCAGCACCAAGGUGACAUGAGAUUGUUUGCUGCUUCGACUUCGAAAGAAGGGUUCUUCGGGAAGUCCCAUCUGGGGGGUCAUAUUCACCCCCAGCAAGCGAUGAUGAUGAUGCAUCAACAGGCCGGGCAGUUUCAGCUGAGGAAUUCCAAGUAUCUGGGUCCUGCUCAGGAGAUUCUGAACGAGUUUUGCAGCCUCGGGGCUAAGCAAAGUGACUUGUUAAAGCAUCAAAAGCCCAACAAAAGCAAAGCUUAUGAUGAUCAAGACGGUGAUAACGGCGGACCAAGUGGGUCUUCAAAGCAACAGUCUCUCGGGUCACUCGAGUUCAUGGAGUUGCAGAAGAGGAAGACAAAGCUGCUUUCAAUGCUUGACGAGGUGGAUAGAAGAUACAGGCACUACUGUGAUCAAAUGAAGGCAGUGGUAUCGUCCUUCGAGGCAGUGGCAGGGAGCGGGGCGGCGACGGUCUACUCCGCGCUGGCCUCGAAGGCCAUGUCGAGGCACUUCCGGUGCCUAAGGGACGGGAUCGUGGGCCAGAUCCAGGCAACGAAGAAGGCCAUGGGGGAGAAGGACCUCGCUUCCCCAGGGACUACGAGGGGUGAGACGCCACGGCUGAAGAUCAUCGACCAGGCUCUGAGGCAGCAGAGGGCAUUCCAGCAGAUGACUAUGAUGGACAAUCACCCCUGGCGGCCUCAGAGAGGCCUGCCAGAGCGGUCGGUGUCGGUCCUCCGUGCCUGGCUCUUCGAACACUUUCUUCACCCGUAUCCAAGCGAUGUUGAUAAGCAUAUUUUGGCUCGCCAAACAGGCCUAUCGAGGAGCCAGGUGUCCAACUGGUUUAUUAAUGCGAGGGUGAGGCUCUGGAAGCCCAUGGUGGAGGAGAUGUACACGGAAGAAACAAGGGAGCAUGACAACAUGGGAUCCUCCGAUGGCGCCGCAGAUCUCGAAGACGAUGGCCGGCCAAAUAACCAUAACCGUGAGGCGACACGUGUCGAGGAUCAGAAGCCGACCUCGGAUCAGUUGGUCCGGAUUGACUCCGAAUGCUUCUCCUCCAUCGUCACCAGCCCCGACAAGAGCGACCAGCACCACCACUCCAAGAUGGCUGCCACAAGAGCCCCGCAGAACCACCACCACCACCACUUGCACCCGCAGAACUCCGGUUUCGGGCGUGUUGGCGAUGCGUACGGGGGCAUGGAGAUUGACUUCUCGUCCUAUAAUCACCACCCCGUGACCUCAGCGGCACCGUACAGCAACGACGGCGAUGCCAGUCAUCAGAAUUUCAAUGGGAGCGGGGGUGGCGUGUCGCUGACGUUGGGGCUGCAGCAGCACGGAGGGCCGAGCCAUGGGGUGAGCCUGGCGUUCUCCUCGGUAUCGCAGAACUCGCUGUUCUACCCUCGAGACCACAUCGAGGAUUGCCACCCGGUUCAGUACUCGCUCCUCGAUGGCGAAGGGCAAACUCUGCCCUACAGGAACUUGAUGGGAGCUCAGCUGCUCCACGAUUUGGCCGGUUAAAAUGGAGAUAGAAAAGAUGAAAUUGCUUCAUUGCAAUAUGGAUAUAUCUGGUAGGGGUUUAUUAUCAUGAAAGAUGACGAUAUAUAUAUAUAUAUAUAUUUAUUAGAUUAUAUAUUUAGGUAUAGAUUGAAUACCCCAUACAUGCAAAAAAGAGGAGAAAGAAAACAUGGUGUUCGAGACGUACUUUUGACAGGUGCUAGAUGCCUAUUAUGAAUCCUUUUUCCCUUUUUUCCAUGCAUAUGGUUGGUAACUUGGCUAUGUUUUUUAUCUUUGUUUAUAAUUUCUCUAAUGGGAUUGGAAGGAUGGAUUACAACA